AGUGCAGGGGGGGGACACAGGCCCCAUCGAUUCAACACAACUGCACACAUAAGCACUUACUAAUAAUAAAGCUCUGUUUGUAUGUCAUUUUCAUGGAGUCCCACCGCUAACACAUAUGGAGUGUCAAGAGGAAAAGCCAAUCAUCUAUACUAUGGAAAACAAGCCGAUUGUGACAUGUGCCGGAGACCAGGGCUUGUUUACGUCUCUCUAUACGUCACUGGCCCAACAACUUCCCAGGGAGCCAAUGGAGUGGAGGAGGACAUAUGGCCGAGCUCCAAAAAUGAUCCACCUUGAGGCUAAUUUUGUCCAGUUUAAAGAGGAGCUCCUCCCAAAGGAGGGCAACAAGGCUCUCCUCACCUUCCCCUUCCUCCACAUCUACUGGACUGACUGCUGUGAUACAGAGGCGUAUAAGAGCACGGUAAAGGAGGAUAUGAUGCGCUGGCAGAACAGCUUGCGAACCCACGGCUCAGCAGACUGGGUCAUCAUCGUCGUGGAGACCAACGACACUAAGAAGAAGAACAAGACCAACAUCCUGCCUCGGUCAUCCAUCGUGGACAAGAUCCGUAGCGAUUUCUGCAACAAACAGAAUGACAGGUGCGUGGUGCUGUCAGAUCCUUUGAAGGACUCAUCUCGGUCUCAGGAAUCCUGGAAUUCCUUAUUGCUCAAGCUGCGAACUCUCCUCCUCAUGUCCUUCACCAAGAACCUGGGCCGCUUCGAGGAUGACAUGCGUACGCUCCGAGAGAAACGUACCCAGCCCGGCUGGAGCUUCUGUGAAUACUUCAUGGUCCAGGAGGAGCUGGCCUUUGUUUUUGAGAUGCUGCAGCAGUUUGAGGACGCCUUGGUCCAGUACGAUGAACUAGAUGCUCUUUUUACCCAAUACGUCCUUAACUUUGGAGCUGGAGAUACAGCUAACUGGCUCGGCUCAUUCUGCGCCCCAGUGCGUAGCUGGAGUGGCCUACUGCUUCGGCGGCCAAUCGACAUGGAGAAGAGAGAUGGGAUCCAGCGAGGGGAGGCCAGCCUGUUGGAUCUGAGGAGCUACCUGUUCUCUCGCCAGUGCACCUUACUCAUUUUCCUGCAGAGGCCCUGGGAGGUCACCCAGAGAGCGCUGGAACUGCUGCACAACUGUGUCCAGGAGCUACGCCUGCUCGAGGUGUCAGUGCUGGAGGGAGCGCUGGACUGCUGGGUGUUCCUCAGCUGCUUGGAGGUUUUGCACAGAAUUGAGGGCUGUUGCGAUCAGGCCCAGUUAGCGGCAAACUGCUCCCAUACUGUCGGGCUGUGGGCUUACGCGACCGACAAGCUCAAGUCCCUUGGGGAACUCUGUGGCCUGGUGUCAGAGAAGGGACCCACAUCUGAGGACCUGAACAGGACAGUAGAUCUGCUGGCCGGACUCGGGGAUGAGAGGCCUGAGACUGUUAACAGUUUGCAGAGCCCUUACAAAAAGCUGAAAGAAGCUUUGUCAUCUGUAGAGGCUUUUGAAAGACACUAUCUUGAACUCUCUCAUGCUGCUAUGGAAAUGUACAGAGCCAUUGGCCGGUUGCGGUCUGCCAGACUGGUGGGAAAAAGCCUGGCUGAAUUCUACAUGAGGAAGGGGGAUCGUGAGCGGGCAGAAACCUUCUUACAGGAAGCUCUGAAGUCAUACGUGUCAGAGGGGUGGAGCCUCCCUGUCACUCACACCAGGAAACAGAUUGCUGAGUGUCAGAAACUGCUGGGCAGAACUGAAGACUACCUGCAGACCAGUGCCUUGUUGGCCGGUGAUGUGAAUCUGACCACAGAGGAGAGGAAGCACUUUUGUCAGGAAAUUCUGACCUUCGCUGGCAAGUCUGGAGAUCACUCAAACAAAGUGACUCUCAGCAUGGGUGUUUUUGCCCAACUCACACGGCUACAGUUCCACCCAGCGACAGCCUCCGUGCACUCUGGAGCCAUCCUGCAGGUGGAGCUCACUCUGAGAUGUUUGAUGCCCGUGUCGGUGCACAUACAGCAGGUAGCCGCUAGCAUUCACUUCGACGUGGAUCACGGAGGGACUCACGGGAGGUCAAAGGGAGCUCAGAGACAAACAAACCCAGGGACAGUAGAGUUUAUCCAGGGUAACUCAUCCGCUGGCCCACCCUCUUCCUCGGCCGCGGGUCCCUCUUUAGAACUGGAUGAGAUUCAGGACAGGAGUCCUUCAGACAAUUCUCUCAACUCCACAGGAGUGGUGUGUAAAAACACUCACCUGAUCAUGCGUCGUCAUGACAGCAACUCACCGCCAGACACGCCCAACUGUGUCAGCCCUCCUACUGUUGCCAUGAAAGAAGGAGCACAGAUGCUGAAAGUGCAGGAUGUAAAAUUAGAGCCCGGGAAUAACAGCAUUAUCUUCACAGCACCAAGUGGGCAACCAGGUACUUACACAUUGCGUCAGCUGUGUGCCACGGUGGGUCAGGUGCAGUUUGUGCUGCCUCAUAUCUACCCAUCGGUCCAGUAUGAAGUGUAUUCUCAGGAGCCCCAGCUCACUGUGGAGCCUCUCUCAGAGCCGCUGUUAGCCGGUCUCCCUCAGAUGGUUAAGUUCACCCUGUUGACGGGUCACUACGCUGUGAAGAAGGGCGAUGCUCUGCAGCUCAGCAACACAGACACCAUGCCCAUCCUGCCCUCCACCAGCUGCACCGCCCGCACCAGCAACCCUGCUGCCGAGUUGGUGGGUGAAAGCGUCCUCUCCAUUCAGUCGUCUGAUAAGGUGACCAGCAUCAGCCUGCCCCCGACCCCUCCCUACCACACCCUGGAGUUCCAGCUGGAGGUUUUGUGCAUCAUCCCGUCCGGGUCCGACCGGCCCGCCAACGAGAGGCUGACCAACGGGGAGGUCCGCCAUCGACCACGCAGCUACAGUCACCCUGACACGCCCAUGACCGCCAUCGACCAGAGGAUGUCUAUCGACUGCCCAUGGUCGAUCUACUCCACUCUGCUGGCCCUCACCUUCUACAUCCCCUUCAAAACCAAACACUCACUGCUCUCUGCUGGUAACAGGAAGUACAUCCAGGUGUGCGUGCAGAAUGUGUCUGAUGUGAACUUCACGCUGGCAGAAGUGAAGCUAACAGAGAAACAGCACGCAUCACUGGAGCUACAGUCCCUGAACACUAAAGAACAGCAGCUGUUGUGCAGUAAGCACAGUGUGUUCUGCUUGUGGGAGGUGAGGUGGAAGGAUGACCUGCCUUCCUGUCUCCAGUGUGUUUUCUCUGCCAACUUCUCUCCUCUCAACCAAGACGUCUCUGCCUUCAAACCCUUUCACUACCAGUUCCAGCUCGAGAGAGUCACUACGUUGUACAGCGUGAGAGCUGAGAUCCUGCCUCCAGCUGGUGAACAACACUGUCGCUCCGGUUUCCUCUGUGGACUGGAGGUGUGUAUAACACGACUGACCGAACCUGCAGAGGGAGAGAUGGCAGAGGAGAGCAAGACUGACACCGAUGGUCUUAAAACCACCAAACUCAUGUAUGAAGUGGCUGACAGCAGCAGCAACUGGGCGGUGUGUGGGAAGAGUUCGGGGAUGGUGUCUAUGCCUAUGACAGCUAACGCCACCCACAAGGUGCAGAUCGAGGUGAUGCCUCUGUUCGCAGGACACCUGCCCUUCCCCAAAAUCAAAGUGCUGAAGUACCUGCCCCACACUGCAGCAGUGGCCAUCCAGCCAGACCCUGACAGCUGCGUGGAGAACGACAGUCUGUCCCUGCUGGACAAGACGCUGGACGACCAGGGGGACACGGCGAGCAUCCGCAGCCGGGGCAGCGUCCACUCCGUGGGCAGCGGCGAUCAGCAACAGAAGGGCGUGGCGAUGCCGCGUCUGGAGCCCUUCAGCCCCGGACAGGUGUUCAACCACAGCCAUGCGCGACAGGUCCUGGUGCUGCCCGCUACCGACGACCACAUCAUGGAGGUCAACGCCACAUGACCACGGUGGCAAGACCUCCUGUCCUCUUCUCAUAGGACUGAACCCAGGCCCUGGAUGGACUCUGCUGAGCUUUUGCUCUGGGACAGAUCGGGUCCAUGAGUCCAUGUCGAAGACCGCUGUGGGUUGCCGGUAUGGACUCCAACCCCUCCACCCCCAAAACCCUCCCCCAAGCAUGAAACAUUCACAUCACUGGAGACUCAGACUAGACACAGUGAAGAGCCAAUGACAUCUGCUGAUAAACUUAAAUAAAGAUUUUUCUUUGCCAUACUUUGUACAUAGCUCAUUGGAUGGAUUUAUAGUUAUAAAUAUAUAAAUAUAUAUAUAUGGACUGAUCGAUCAGAUCCGCGCCUGUGCUCCUUCGAACUGAAGAAAAACACUCCUGAUUGUCCCAUGAUGCACCAAAGCCCUAGAUGUGUGUACGCCUCGAUCAGCUACUCGAGUACUGUAACUGUGACUGAGUGUUUCCAGCUGUGCUGUUGUCGUGCCUCUCGAGUCGUCAUCGUUUUUAUAUUUGAGACUUUACCUUCACAGUUACGUCCUGGUUGCUAAAAUAAGCUGCUGUUUUUAUCAAAUUAUGAUAGAAGACUCAGACUCGGACUCUAACGUCCUGCCGAUACAGGAACCAUUCCCGUGCUGAGGUAAAUCUGGGAUCAGACUACAUAACGUCAGCCUGAUAAUUUGGAACUUUGACAAUGAACAGUGAAGCUGAUUGUUAACGACUCAUUGAUCACCGAUGUUUCAGGUUUCAAGUAGUGUAAGAUGGGAAGCUGUACUCGUCCUGAGUCCAGCGUUUAGUCUGUGCCAAGCGAGAAUGUACGACUCUGUAAAAUCACCUGAUCUUACACCAUGACCUUCCUGAAAGGAAAAACAUGAUGUAAUCUGAUCUCCACACAGUGAGCAGCUAUGGUCACAUAAAUGGAAAUGCACCUCAACAAACAGGUUAAAGUUUGACUCUUGUUUACAACACAGGAGAUAUUUUUGGUAUCAGCAGGACAGAAGAGAGAGGCAGACUGUUAUUGUGUCAGUCUAUGGUAAACUUUUGAGUCCAGCAUUUAGACAGAUGUUAAGUUAAACAAGCUGCAAAUGGGUAAAAUAGAAGUUUGCUAUAUUUUAAACCAAUACUUGCUAUGUUUUAACAGUUCAUGGUGCUUGUUAGUCAAUAAAUCAAUAGAUCCAAACUUUAUUUACCUUUCUCAUGGAUGAAUAGAACCUCAAUUAAUAAUAGCUGUUUCCUAUUGUGAGGUUUUGUUCAGAUGAACCAUUGGAAAAUCUAAAAAUGUAAGAGUUUUGGUUAAAAAAAAAUAGUAAUAAUAAUUUGACAUAACCAGCAUGACUAUACUGUAAACUGUCUUCUGACUCAGCAAGGAGAACAGUUUUCAUUCUGGCACAACAGAAGAAUCCUUGGUGAUUGUGGAUAUGUCUUUAUUUCUGUGUCUUUUCAACAAAAGCAGCAGCUUAUUUUCUCUGAGUCCGAUGCAAACAUCAGCACGAAGCUCUCAAAUAUAACGCCAGAGAUGACGAGAGGCGCGGGCUGAAUCUAGCGGUGUGUUUGUGUGUUCAGCUGUAGUCGUGCGCAUGUGUGAGUGUGUGUGUGUCUGUACGAGUGUGUGUGAUAAGGUUAGACUUUGGAAUAAGGAUCAGCCAGUGCACAUUAUUGUCUCUCUGUUGUCUUACCUAUCAGUGCAUUGUUCAUAUACAGUGUGUGUAUAUUUAUUCUAUGUGUGUGUGCGGAGUGUGUGUGUGUGUGUGUGUGUCGUCAAAACCGUGUCCGAGCUAUGCACACAUACCGGUAGAUGUUGAAUAGAUGAGUGAAAUAAGUCGUUAUUGGAUUUAUUCAUUCAUUUAUUUGAAAGAAUGAAUGUCAGCUACUUCUGCCCACCACCCUCUCUCUCUCUCUCUCUCACGUCCCCCACCCCCACCCCCAGUGUGCACACGCAUGCACACGCACACACACACACACACAUGGUGUGACUACAGCCUCCUGCUCUUGUUUGACCACUGUACAUAAAUGAUCUGUAAAUAAUGAAUCAAAUCAGAAUCAUCUUUGAUUGCCAACUAUAUUAAAAAACUGAUUGGAGCUGA